AGAAGAAGAGGCUCAAGCAGUGCAAACCACACAACUACGGUGCCUUGAUGCCUCACUGCCUCAGAUGAUCACCACAACAACAGGAAAUGACACUUCAUCCCUUGAUCCAAACAUACUCAUAAUACCUUCAAAGUUACAGUACAUAUUCACUCCCGGUCAUCAACCUCACCGGUCAUGAAACCCCCAUACCUCGCCGUGGCCAUCUACCACCCCCGCUACGGCAACUUUCAGCACUGGGCCCUCCAUCUCCACUCAAACACCGAAGACCUCAUCUUCGAAGUCGAUGGAGAGCAUCCCACUUUCCAAAAGGUGGUGUCCAAUGGGCUUCCUUCCGAUAACAUGGGUUUCAUCGAGUCAAUCUUUGUAUGUCAGAUUGGCAGCCCCGAUAUCCCGACCGUGAAGGACGUUGUGGACGCCACGCCUGUGGACAACGAGACCCUCGAAUGGGACUGCCAGGACUACGUGCUAGAGAUACUGGAGGGAUGUGAGAAGGAAGCUGUGCUAGAGGAUGAGGAUGCCGAUUACGCAGAGGCCAUGGAGAUCCUACGAAGUAGACGGGGGCCGAUCCUCUAGCUCAGCGUCUAGGCGAUCCUUAGUUGAUAAGGACAGAUGCAUACCGCUAAGACUCCGGAACGUCCUCCGAGGUCGGGUUCCGAGCC